AUGGGGCAUGAGACGGUGGUGAUGCUUCUCCUUGAAACUGGUAGGGUAGAUGUGGAUUCAAGAGAUUCCACCGGUUCGACGCCGCUAUCCUGGGCUGCAGAGUACGGGUACGAGACAGUGGUCGAGCAGUUACUUGAAACCGGACAGGUCGACAUGAACUCAAGAGGAUCUAACGGUGGUCGAACGCCGCUAUCUCGGGCUGCAGGAAAUGGGUGUGAUACUAUAGUCAAGCUCUUAGUCAAAACUGGGAAGGCUGAUGUGGACUCAAAAGACUCUGAUGGUCGGACCCCACUAUCCUGGGCUGCAGAGAAUGGAUACGAUACGGUGGUCGAGAUAUUACUUGAAACCGGACAGGUUGAUGUGGACUCGAAAGAUUCAAGGGACACGACACCAAGGAACGGGCACGAGGCGGUAGCAAAGCUAUUGCUUCAGACUGGACAAGUUGAAGUCGACUCAAAAGACCUCAAGGGUCGAACACCGUUGUUUCAGGCUGUGAUAAAUGGACAUGAGACAGUGAAAGACCUCUUACUAAUGACCAGCCGUAGCCUCGAACAGGUCCACCGGCUCCUUGCUAGUACUUUGCCUUUACAUUACCGAGGGAGUUUACAUAACAGCAAUGCCUUCAAUAUCUUUGUAGUCCAAUGUCAAGAGGUCAUGCUUUGUGAUUUCAAUAAAUAA